ACUCCUUGGUAUUGUCACCACAGCGUUGUGGUUAGAUGCAAAUGGCGUGUUGUUAUGUGUGUUUGUUAAUAUAUAUUUAGCGCAGAAAGAACAACUGUGACUUGAUAUACCGUAGAUAUAAAGCGAAGGUAUUGAGAAAAAACGGAAGUCAGAUAAACACCAGUGGUUUUAUAGUCGCCAACAGUGACAGAGAAAUUCAUUAUGUAGAAUUAUACAUCCUGAUGUUACAGACAUCGCUUCUGGACUCGGAUUAUUAAAAGGAAAACAUGAUGGCCGAGACGUCUCUGAAAGGCCAUCAGGGAACCAUGAUAGCCGACGACUUCACUAGCACGACCUCUGGGGGCGAGACGGCCACUGCGCGCCAACUGGAAGUUGAAUCCGGCCAUGAGCGCCUUUUGAGACACACCCAGUCCAAAGAGGGACGGACGAUACAACAUCACCGGCCCACCCGCCCGCCACACUACCUCGCCCUGGCUAUACUGGUCACUUUCAUCAACCCUCUGUUCGGAAUCUCCGCGGUCACUUGUUCACUGCUGUCACGGCAUUAUCGGAAGGGGAACCUGGGGAGCGCGGCCCGCCGCUUGGGAAACAUCUCCAAGUGGAUGAGCAUCCUGGGCGCUGCUUCCGCCGUCGUAAUCGCCGGCUACCUUAUCCUGUACUUCGUGUAUAUUGACAAGAACAUUGUGGACACCCAUCAGGAGCUUGAAGGACACGUUUGACUGUGCGACUUCCGUGGAUAAUGGUGCUUGUGUUUUAAGUGUACGCAUUUUCGAAUAUGAACACUGGUGCUUAUUGCAACAAUUCCUGUUAGAACAUCCAAACAAAACAUAAUUAUUAAACAGCAAAUACUCUGUUUAUUCCGGUAAUAUACUACACUUUCUAAAAUAAUACCUCUGAGAUAUAAAGUAAAAUGUGGUGUGCGUGUUGAGUGAAGUGGUUAUUUUGUUGUUGUAAAUCAUCAAGUCAUGAAUGUCUCGUUACCUCGAUUUUCGUUUAUAUAUAACAAUACGGUACGUGUUAGGGUAGUAGCAGUUUUCCAUUCCGUUAUAGGGGAGGUAAACACUGCGAGGCGUUUGGCAGAUAACUUUCG